AAGGAUUACAGCAAAAGUGAUAUAAUUUGGCUGAAACUUCCUGCUUUCUUUCCUGUCCAACAAGAUCAACAGUCUAUAAAAAGAAGUUUUAUUCCUCUUAGAAUUUAAUCCUUCGUAACCCUCUUGUAAGUUUAGCACAAGCACAAUCCAACAAUGGCUUCCACUAGCAGCCGAAAACCCUCUUCCUUUUCUACUUCUAUUCCUCCUUCGAGUUAUGAUGCGUUCUUGAGUUUCAGAGGGGAAGACACCCGUAAAAAUUUUACGGGUCAUCUCUACCGUGCUUUAGUUACAAAUGGAAUUAACACCUUCAAAGAUGAUGAAGAGCUUGAGACAGGAGGAGUCAUUGCAGAAGCACUCAUUCAGGCCAUCGAGGAAUCAAAGGUUUUCUUUGUCAUUUUCUCGAAAAACUAUGCUUACUCUAAGUGGUGUUUAAACGAGCUUGUCAAAAUUAUCGAGUGUAUGAAAGCAAAGCAAAGAAGAGUUGUUCCAAUUUUCUAUGAUGUGGAUCCAUCAGAAGUGCGAAGACAAAGUGGGGGGUAUGGAAAAGCAUUUGCUUAUCACCAAAAAGAUGCCAACCAAGAAAAGAAAAAGGAGAUUCAAAAGUGGAGGACGGCCUUGACAGAAGCAGGCAAUCUAGCGGGAUAUGAUCUGCGAAAUUAUCGGUAUGAGUCAAAAGUUAUUGAGAACAUUAUUGAUGAUAUCCUUAAAACGAGUCAUCAACUUUUACAUGUUGAAGAUAACAUCAUUGGAAUGAACCUCCGUUUAGAAAAACUCAAAUCUUUGAUAGAAGUUGAAUCAAAUGAUGUUCGCAUGGUUGGGAUCUAUGGUUUUGGUGGAAUCGGUAAAACUACCAUGAGCAAAGCUAUUUAUAAUGAAAUCUCAACUAAAUUUGAGGGAAUUAGCUUUCUUGAAAAUGUGAGAGAAAAUUUCAAAGUUGAUUGUGGUCUAGUUCGAUUACAACAACAACUUAUUAAUAGUAUCCUAAAGAGAAAAAAUCCAACAAUAAGUACUAGUCAUGAAGGAAUCCAAGUGAUAAAGGAAAGGCUCCAAACAAAAAAGGUCCUUGUUGUUUUGGAUGAUGUGGAUGAGUCGAAACAGUUGGAAUAUUUAGCAGGAAAGCAUGAUUGGUUUGGUCCAGGAAGCAGAAUCAUCAUAACAUCCAGAGAUCGACAUUUGCUAAAUGUGCAUGGAGUUGAUGCAUUACAUGAGGUUAAGGAGUUAAAUCAAAAGGAAGCUACUCAACUAUUUAGCCAACAUGCCUUUAAAAAAGAUCUUCCUGAAGAACAUUAUGUAGAAUUGUCUAAGCGCGUGGUAGAUUACACUGGAGGUGUCCCGUUAGCUCUUAAAGUUUUGGGUUCUUUUCUUUUUAGGAAAGAAAUACGAGAAUGGGAAAGUGAAUUAUGUAAACUAAAAAGAAAACCCAACAAGGAUGUCCAAAAUGUUCUUAGGACAAGCUUUGACGGGUUAGAUGAUUUUGAGAAGGAACUAUUCCUCGAUAUUGCAUGUUUCUUCAAAGGGCAGAAUGAGAAUUUUGUUACUAGAAUACUAGAUAGUUGUGGAUUCAAUGCAACUAUUGGAAUAAAAGUUCUUAGUGACAAGUGUCUAAUAACAUUUUUCCAUGGCACCAUUGGGAUGCAUGAUCUAUUACAAGAAAUGGGUCGGGAAAUUGUUCGUGAAGAGUAUCCUAGAGAUCUGGGAAAAUGGACCAGAUUAUGGGAACCUGACGAUGUGUAUCGUGUAUUACGAAGAGAAAUGGGGACCAAAGCAAUUGAAGGGAUAUUCCUAGACAUGGCUACAUCGAAAGAGAUUCAGUUUACUAAUGAAGCUUUCAAGCAGAUGAAUAAUCUUAGAUUAUUCAAAGUUUAUCGGAGUAGUCAUCACUAUGGCGUUACUAAAAGGGAUUACAAAGUGCUUCUUCCCAAAAAUUUUGAAUUUCCCUCUUACGAGUUGAGAUAUCUCUAUUGGGAUAGAUAUCCUUUGAAAUUCUUGCCAUCACAUUUUGAUGGGGAGAACUUGGUAGAACUCAACUUGCAAUCUAGUAACAUAAAAAAAAUUUGGAAAGGGAAUAAGUGUUUGCAAGCUUUGAAGGUGGUUGACCUAAGUCACUCAAAGAAGCUCAUCGAAGUGUCAAAUUUCUCAUGCAUGAAAAAUUUGGAGACACUAAUUCUUGAAGGUUGUACAAGUUUGCGCUGUGUUGACCAAUCUAUUGGAGUUCUAAAGAAACUUACUUUACUGAGUUUGAAAGGUUGCAAAAGGCUCAGAAGUUUGCCACGCACUGUUGAGUGUUUGGAAUCUCUUGAAACUCUUUAUCUCUCAAGUUGCUCCAAUCUUGAAAUAUUUCCAGAGAUCAAAAGGAAUAUGAAACGUUUAUUGUGGCUUGAGUUAGGUGGGACAGCGAUAAAAGAAUUACCCUCCUCAGUGGAUCAUCUCACUGCACUUCAAUACUUGGAUCUGCCUGAGUGCAAAAAUUUGAAAAGCCUUCCACUCAGCAUAUGUAGGUUGAAGUCUCUUGUGUAUCUCAAUCUUAAUGGUUGCUCAAACUUAGAGGCUUUUCCCGAAAUCUCCGAAAAUAUGAAUAGUUUACAAUGUCUUUUUUUGUGUGAAACGGCUAUAAAAGGGCUACCAUCAUCAAUUGAAAAUCUAGUUGAUCUUCGACUCUUGGUACUGGAUAAUUGCAAAAACCUUGCAACUCUUCCAAGCAGCCUUUAUCAUUUGAGACAUCUUACAACUCCCCGUCUUGCAAACUGUUCAAGACUCCAUAAACAUCCGGAGAAGUGGAACCUGGAAUCUUUAGGUAGUAUUGGUUCGCAAUUGGCUUCCUUGAAGAUGAUAUCUAUAAGAGGAGCAGAAAUCUGCAGCAUAUCUGUCGUCAUCACUCAACUUAGUAACCUGGAAUUUCUUAAUAUGAGCGACUGCAAGAUGCUUGAAGAAAUUCAAGGGCUUCCACAGAGUUUGGACAUGGAGAAAUAUUUGGAGAUGGAAAGCAGUUCCAUCCAAGGUUAUCUUUGUUUGGAUAAGACUAGUGCCAUUAAAGAAUUUCCCUCCUCAAUUGAUGAUCUCACCAAACUUGGGAAGUUAAGUUUGAAAAACGGGAAGAAGAGUCUUCCGAGUAACACUGGUAGGUUGAAAUUCCUAGAUGAACUCUAUGUCAGUGAUCAGCCAAACCUGGGGACUUCUCUGGAAUCACAGAUAACGGAAUAUCUUAAGGAGCUCAAACUGGACUUGCAGAGUUUUAAAAGCUUAGAGCACUUGUUUCUGAUGGAUGGAACAGUCGCCAAUAAUUUAUGGUGCCUAUCAUCACUAGAAUCUUUAGAUCUAAGUGAAUCCAAUAUUCAUCACAUACCUGCUGCUAUUACUGAAUGUUGUAAUCUGAAACACCUUAUUAUCCGUCACUGCAAGAAACUUAAAGAAAUUCCAAAGCUUCCAUCAAGCCUACUGAGGAUAGAUGCACGCGGCUGCACAGACCUGGGAACAUUAUCAACUCCAUCAAGUCUUCUCUGGUCUUCUCUCCUCAAAUGGUUCAGGAAAGUUCAGAGGAUGGAAUAUAUUAAGGGGCUCAAACUGGACUUGCAGAGUUUUAAAUGCUUAGAGCUCAUGUUUCUGAUGGAUGGAAGAAUCGCCAAUAAUUUAUGGGGCCUAUCAUCACUAGAAUCUUUAGAUCUAAGUGAAACCAGUAUUCAUCGCAUACCUGAUGGUAUUACUGGAUGUCGUAAUCUGAAACACCUUAUCAUCCGUCACUGCAAGAAACUUAAAGAAAUUCCAAAGCUUCCAUCACGCCUACGAAGGAUAGAUGCACGCGGCUGCACAGACCUGGGAACAUUAUCAACUCCAUCAAGUCUUCUCUGGUCUUCUCUCCUUAAAAAGUUCCACCUUCAGAGGAAGGAAAUUUUCGAGGGGUUCAAACAGGACUGGUGGAGUUUUCAAAGCUUAGAUAACUUGUUUCUGAUGGAUGGAGAAAUCGCCCAUAAUUUAUGGGGCCUAUCAUCACUAACAUAUUUAGAUCUAAGCGAAACCAGUAUUCAUCGCAUACCUGAUGGUAUUACUGGAUGUCGUAAUCUGGAACACCUUAUCAUCCGUCACUGCAAGAAACUUAAAGAAAUUCCACAGCUUCCAUCAAGCCUACUAAGGAUAGAUGCAUACGGCUGCACAGGUCUGGGAACAUUAUCAACUCCAUCAAGUCUUCUCUGGUCUUCUCUCCUCAAAUGGUUCCAACUUCAGCCUUCUGACAGAGACGACUGGGGGAAAAUUAUUCUUGGAAGUAAUGAAAUUCCAGAGUGGGUAUUGCAUCAGGAAAUGGGAAGCCAAAUAAGAAUAGAGCUUCCUAUGAAUUGGUAUCAGGAUGACCACUUCCUCGGAUUUGCAUUUUUCCGUCUUGGUACAACAAUGUGUUAUUCUGGAAUGGAUUGUCGUUUGACCUUCUGGGGGGAUUCAGAAGAAGACAUGGAGAGCUUUCGGUUUAAGUCCAGCGAUGACUUCUGCGUGAUUGAUGGUAGUGCAUAUGGACUGUGGGUGGGGUACUAUCCUAAGAUGACUAUGCUGGAUAUGCUCGACUCCAAGCAAUAUGUGCACCUUAAGGCUACAUUUUUUCCUGGUUGGUAUGACUGGAAAAGUUGUGGGAUCCAUCUUAUAUACUCUCAAGAUCAUCAACAUAACCAUACCCCGUUGGGUUUUCAUGACACCCAACAUGAUGAACACUACCAUAUGCCCAUGUUGUUGAAUCUUCCUGAGAAUUCUGGUGACAAUAGAUUGGCAGCAGAAGAUAUCAAUGGUAAUUUUAAGAGAAGUUGUGAUGAUGCAGAACACGACCAAGCAGAGGAUUGAGAGAACCCAACACAGAUCUCAAGCUGCAAACUAAAUCAUAUCACCAGUUUCUAGGAAAUAUUGAUCCAACCAGUAUUCGUGGGCUCUUAUCGAUGUGGCAAUAGCAUAGAACUUAAAAUGAGAAGUUGUGGGAUCUAUCUUCAAUAUGCCCAAGGUCAUCAUCAUCAUCAUAAUCAGAACCAUUGGCUUCAGAUGCUGAAAGAAAAUACAAGUUGUAAUAUUAAGAGAAGCUGUGACGGUGCAGAGAAUCACCCAACAAAGGACCCAUAUCAGAAAAGAUCAAGACGUCUCUAGCUAGUUUUUCAACUAAGACGACCGUUUCACUGGCAGAGCUCGAUCUUGACACUCCAACAAAUUUCGGUGGUUUUAGCAGGUUUUGCUUCAAGAAUAAGGCAUGGGAUAUGAAGGAACUUUUGUCUAACUGGAGUUCAAAAGAAGGCGAAAAUGGAUGCAUCUAUAUCUGAAGUCUUGACAAUCACUUGUAUGGUCCAAACUUGAUCCAUUCAAAGAGCAAAAACUGAACUUUGAACUCAUAGAGUCCAGACUCUCUCUAAUAUAUACAAUGUAUUGGUUUUUAUAUACAAUGUAGUUUGAUGUAGUUUUUAUAUACAAUGUAUUGGCUUCAAAUUUCACUCUAUCAAAGCUUCUGUGUUUCCAUUUCAGAUC